GCUUGAGCUCUAACACUCAGUAUGUCUGGUACAAGAAUGAACAGCCUCUACAAGACAAAACCACAGCCUACAUGUUACUGGACUCAACCAGACCUUCAGAAGAGGGAAACUACUCCUGUGCCGUGAGAGGUUACGAGGCUCGCCGUUCCCCUGUUGUGUGUGCUCCAAGAAAACAGUGUUGGGGUGUGACCUACUCAUCUGACAGCAUCUGUGCAUUAAUGGGGUCAUCAGUGGAUAUUUCCUGCACUUACAAAUAUCCCAGAGAUCACCGCAUCAGCACAACCUUAUGGUCUAACAAGCGGAAAUCAAGCCGUCUCCCAGUAGAUCUAAGUUUUGAUGAAGACUAUCAAAACCACACAGAGUAUGUUGGGAAUAAAGAGAAUAGUUGUACCCUGAGACUGAAAGACAUGAGAGAGAGUCAAUCUGGAGAAUAUGCCUUCAGGUUUACAACACAACAGGGUGACACUUACUCUGGAUCACCCAGAGUCAACAUCUCUGUUACAGCUCUGCAGGUGGUAGUGACCCCAGCUGUAAUCACAGAGGGAGAGAGAGUGAUACUGACCUGCAGCACCUCCUGCACUCUGAGUGACAAGCCCACAUUCAUCUGGUACAAGAACUCUGUGAUCUACAAACACGCAAACACAUCUGGCAAGAACCUAUACUUCAACCCAGUCCGAGGCCAUGACUCAAGCAAUUACUCCUGCGCUGUUAAAGGACACAAGAGUCUCUCCUCCACUGCUGUGUUUCUCAACGUCAGGUAUUUACCAAAGAGUGUGUCAGCGUCAUUGAGUCCUUUUGGUGAAAUAGUGGAGGGCAGUUCUGUGACUCUGACCUGCAGCAGUGAUGCCAACCCACCAGUGCACAACUACACCUGGCAUUUCAGUACUACAACACUAUCUAUGGUCAAAGGCACAGGGGAGAGUCUCAGCUUCAACGUGACCCCUGUUUACAGUGGACUUUACCACUGUGAGGCAAGGAAUGAAAUAGGCUCCCAGAACUCCAAUCAAGUUUCAGUUUUUUUUGAAGUGGAACACGCGGUUGCCUUGACUGUGAAAGCUGGAAUAAUCCUCUUCAUGAUUCUUGCCAUGUUGGCUCUCGGGAUUGUGUGUGCAAGGACGUGGAAAGCUAAAUCAACUGCAGGUGCACAGGUGGAUAACACACAGAGUGACCUCAGCGCUGUGUACAGCAGCAUCUCAGCGAGGCCUACGACCUCUGGCCUUACACAGAGAGCAGAGUCUCAUGAUCAGGGUGACGUCCAGUACGCCAGCGUUCAUUUCCGUUGCGCUUACCGACAGGAAGGCCAGAAGCCUGAAGCGUCUGCCACAGGGCCUGAAGAGGACUGCAUCGUGUACAGUAACGUGAGAAACCUUUCACAGCUCUGAGAAACAGGAGACCGUGCACCGUCCUCCUCGACUGACCAUGAGGAAGAACACAUGUGCAAUCCCUGCUGCGGUACUGCUUUUUGCUGUUGAAUAAGUCAUAGUGUCAUCAUACUGUUUUAAUUGGAAUAGUUGAUAGCAGGUUAAAUAUGCAUGUGACUCUACUCAGUACAGUUCAUUAGCACAUUAGCUCAGGUUUUCCAUCCAUACAUAAAAUGAAAUUAGACAAGAUGCCAAAUAUACCUAAUCUUGGUUAUAAUUUUCAUUUAUUUGAAGUAUAUGUUGCAUCAUUUUUUUUAUAUUUAUAUCCCAAAUAUAUGUUUAUGCACCAUAUUAAUAUAAUUCCCAUGUUUAAUUUAUAUUGUAAAAUAUAACUAUCAAAGUUGUUGGUUUUGUACUUUGUUAAUUACGUCACUUUGGAU